UCAUCCGGAGGAAGUGAAGCCCAGACGAGGCAGCAGCCUGACCGGAGGAGGAAAAUCUUCAAGGAAGCAAAAAAAAGCGAAAAGAGGAUAGAAAAAACUUAAGCAGUUUACAGGAAUUUGGACACAUUUGGAAACUGUGUCCAAAUCGUCCCGGUGUACGGCAGUUUCGGAGAGCGAGACGGACUCGUCGAUUCCGAAAUGAUGGAGGAUUCUCAUUUUAAUUCAUCAUAUUUCUGGUCUCCUGUCCCAACGGUGCCAGGACAGAUUGAGAAUGCCAUGUUCCUGAACAAGAUGAAGGAGCAACAGGAAAAGAAUGCCUCUUUCUCUUCUUCCUCUGCAUCCCACUACCAGACGGCUCUGCUCACCAUCCCUACUCCUGGGGCUAAGACAGAUGGUGGAGGGCAAGCUGGUAGUGCGGCACACCUCCACCCUCCUCACAGCACCCAGAACAUCACGGUGCUGCCUGUCCCUUCCACAGGCAUUAUGACAGCAGCGGGUUUAGUCAUCACAACUCCUCAAGGCACACUAGUUUCUCCCACCUCCUCUCAGUCGUUUGUGUCUGGUCAUCCAGCAACAACCAUGAUUGUUUCAGCGCUCCAUUCUUCAGACAAAAAAGAGGGGGAUGGGACAUCCCAUGUUGUCGUGAUGCCUACGCCCUCAAAACGAGGUAGAAAGAAGAAGUUGACAACAGUGGCCCACGUUGGUCCUGCUGGAGGACAUGAAACACUAGUACUGGCACAUUUGACAGCUGGUGGCCAGGUGGCAUCUUUGCAGCAUCACAGUGGAGACCCAUAUGACCUAUCCAAUGAAGAGGAAGACCAUGGUCCAAAAGACAGCACAAAGACGUACAGGUGCCGGAUGUGUGCGGCGACCUUCUUCAGUAAGUCUGAUAUGCAGAUCCACUCCAAGUCGCACACAGAGGCCAAACCUCACAAGUGUCCUCACUGCGCCAAGUCAUUCGCCAACUCCAGCUACCUGGCCCAGCACAUCCGCAUCCACAGUGGGGCCAAGCCUUACACCUGCUCCUACUGCCAGAAAUCUUUCAGGCAGCUCAGUCAUUUACAGCAGCACACACGGAAUCACACAGAGUCAAAGCCUCACAAGUGUCCCCACUGUACCAAGUCUUUUGCCAACUCCAGCUAUCUGGCCCAACAUGUCCGUAUCCACACCGGAGUGAAACCCUACUCCUGCUCCUACUGUCAAAAGAGCUUUAGACAGCUCAGUCACCUUCAGCAACACAACAGGAUUCACACUGGAGACCGACCGUACAAAUGCAUCCAUCCUGGCUGUGAGAAGUCCUUCACGCAACUCUCAAAUUUACAGUCCCAUCGGCGUCAGCACAACAAAGACAAGCCCUACAAGUGCACCAACUGCAAUAAAGGAUACGUAGAUGCAGCGAGCCUGGAGGUGCACAUGUCUACGCACACUGUCAAACACGCCAGAAUCUACUCCUGUGGUCUCUGCAAUCGCACUUAUACCUCAGUAAGACAAAUGUCCAUUUCUGAAGAGCAUUUCUACAUGAAACAUUAUGAAUCUACUCACUGGCAACAGACGCCUGGCAGCUACUUUACACCAUGUAGUCACAUGUCCACUGUUUCCCCUCUACCUAUCCUCCCCUCAUCUCAGGAGACGUAUCUGGUGAAACACAUGGAGAAACACAACCCAGACCAGUUGACUGCACCAGCAGUUGUGGCAGCACAGUCGGAACAACAGAACCAGAGCCAAACCCAGGGCCAGGCUGGGGCUCAGAGCCGCAUUGAGGGCUCAGAUAGAGGAUCGAGCCGUGCUGGGGGAGCUGGAAGUGGAAGAGCGGGUGGAGGUCAGCAGGGACAGAGCCAGGGUAACUACCCCCAGACAGACAGCAUCCCCUGUCCAUUUGACCUGCACCAGUAUAAGACAGUAUCUGCCAGUGACAUCCAGUACAAACCAGUCAGUGUGGCUGAUAUUGCUUCUCACAAGGACCUCUGUCUCACUGUGUCGGCAUCCACCAUUCAAGUGGAGCAUCUCAACUCUUAGAGGUGAAGAAAAGGAGGGAGUGUGGGGGACGGGGAGGUUAAAAUUAAUUCAAGAAUGCAAGAAAUGGAGGAUGGAGAGUCAAAGGAUAAAAGCAAUACUAAGAUGAAACAAGAACUAUGGAACAUUUAAUUGUUCCUGAACAGUGGCUUCAGGCUGACAGGACAAUGAUAAUGGUGACUCAGUAUACUGAAGACUAUAAUUUUGUUUUUUGUUUUAGUUUGUCUCUUAUUGUCUUUCUGCCUUUUUGAUUUGUUUUCCCUUUGCUUAGCUGUCCUGUCUUGGUAUAAAGUGCAUGUAAAAGCUGCAAUAAAGUGUGUUUGUCCAUCACAGUGAUGGUUUUACAAGAGGAAGAGAAUCAAAGAAACAGUGCUUCUGUUGUUUUAUCACCUCUUACUCUUCCCGACAAAUACAGACUUGACCAUAGCAACUUAUGGUCUCUCUGUCGUUGAAAUUGGUAGUUAAUUGUGAAAGUAAUUUUUUAUACUUUCAUACGGUCUUUCAGUUUUUAUUGUGUUAUUGCCUUUACUGUGUUAUAAAUUAUGUGACUGCUAUGAAUUAUUUUUAACCUCAAAGGGAUUUAGAGUUCAUUUCUUUUUCAGGAAAGAAAAAUAUCAAUCAAGUAUAUAUAGAUAUAUACUACAAGUUCAUGAAUAAUGAUUGUAUAUUAAAGGGAUGUGGUAAUCCAUAAACCUAUCUGGACCCACUGACAGGCCUUCACAUGACCUUCGGGGAAGUAAUGUGCCAGUUCAUGUUUCAUGUGAUCCUUUUGUGUACUGCUUUGUGCAUAUGUUCCAUAAGUAAUGUUAUUCAAAGGUGUAUUUGUUAUAAAACUUCCACAGUAACAUUUAUAAUGCUUCUUUAUAGACAUUCUGACACAUCAGAAAAAUUGUGGGGGUGUUUUCUGCUUUUAAUACAAUAAACCCUGUGAAAUGUU